CUGAGAUCACAAUUUCAUUGUAGCGAAGGCGACAGAUACGUGAAGGUGGCAUGGAAAGAUGUCAAGGUGGGUGACCUGGUUCACCUCUCGAACAACGAACUGGUACCAGCCGAUCUCUUGCUUCUGCGAAGCAGUGAUCCUCAGGGAUUAGCUUAUCUCGAUACAUGCAAUCUGGAUGGCGAAUCGAAUCUAAAGCAACGUCAGGUUGUCAGGGGUUUUCUCGAUCUGCAGGAUACCUUUCAGCCUUCCAAGUUCCGAUCGGUAGUCGAAGUCGAUCAGCCAAGUACUAGAAUAUAUAGGUUUCACGGCGCCGUGGUGCACCUGGACGGCGGCAGAGUACCCGUAUCCACGGAGAACCUUUUGCUCAGAGAAUGCGUUUUAAAGAAUACUGAUUUUGUUGAAGGUAUAGUCAUAUAUGCAGGUCACGAAACCAAAGCGUUGCUGAAUAACGGCGGACCCAGAUACAAGCGUUCCCGUUUGGAAAAGCACAUGAAUCGGGACGUAAAGUGGUGCGUAGUGAUAUUGGUGGCACUGUGCCUAAUCGGUGCAUGCGGCUGCCGAUUAUGGCUAGCCACGUAUACGGACACCAAGGCGAUACCGUUUCUGCCGGUGCUGCAGGAGCCACUCUACGAGAGCAUGUUGACCUUCUGGACCUUCGUCAUAAUAUUCCAAGUGAUGAUACCGCUCAGUCUGUACGUGACGAUCGAGAUGGCUAAGGUGGGACAGGUGUACCACAUCGGCCACGACCCGGCCCUCCACGACACGGAAACUGGUCGUAAGGCCGAGUGCCGUGCGCUGAAUAUCACAGAGGAACUAGGCCAAGUACAGUACGUCUUUUCCGACAAGACCGGCACUCUUACGGAAAACAAAAUGCUAUUUAGGAGAUGCGCAGUGGGCGGCCAGGAUUAUUCACACAUGGGCGACAACGAGAAUCUGCUUCCGUGCGCGCGGCUUAAGGAGGACCUGCUCAUAGGUACAUUUCGACAUCGCUUACAGGAAUUUCUUAUUGUCUUAGCCACGUGUAACACGGUUGUUGUAAAUUCUCAACCGCAUCACGAUAUUAUGAACUCUAGCGGUGUCAUCGAGGAACCUCAGAAAAACGGCAUUGGCCCGACGAGAACGACGGAAUUAAGUACAAAUUCAUUUCCGACCGCUGCUUCACCGCCAAUACCGAUGUCUCCGAAGAAUGGAACCAUUCGCACAUUAUCUCCAGUAUCGCCGGUGAUCAGUACGGCGAACACGUUUGACGACACGUCCAAAUUCCCGUUUAAACUCAGCAGGCCAAAGUUGUUGAAUGUAACUUCGAUACCGAGUUUAGGCAUCGGGCUGUUGGGAGGGCGCAAGCAAUCGCCGGAUGGCUCGAAGAGACGUAGCCCGCUGAACCCAGUAGACAUGAGAAAUGGCGAUGGUGAGCUGCUGCCGAGCCCGGCGAUCUACGAGGCGGAGAGUCCGGACGAGCUAGCACUCGUGCACGCGGCGCGCGCUUACGAUGUCAAGCUGGUGAAACGUACGCCCCGCAGCGCGAUCGUGUCCUUCCCGGACAAGUCCACAUUAGCCUUUGAGAUACUGCACGUAUUGCCAUUUGACUCGAACAGGAAACGUAUGUCGGUGCUGUUGAGGCAUCCGCACACUCGUGAGAUUGUGCUAUACAUCAAAGGUGCCGACACGACAAUGUUGCCGUUGCUGUCAGCGAGUGACGAGAACACCGUCGCCGCGACCAACAUCCGUCAGUAUCUACAAUCAUAUGCCCGUCAAGGAUUGCGCACCUUGGUGAUGGCACGAAGAACGCUGAGCGAGCAAGAAUACGAGACGUGGCGGCAGAAACACAACGAGGCGGAGCUGGCGACGGAGAAUCGCGAGCGUCGUGUACGCGAUACGUACACCAGCUUGGAGUCACAUUUGACACUCUUGGGGGCGACCGGCAUCGAAGACAAAUUGCAAGCCGGUGUGGCCGAGACAAUGGCCGCCCUUGUCGGUGCUGGGAUUGUGGUGUGGGUUUUGACAGGUGACAAACCGGAGACCGCAGUAAACGUGGCAUACUCGGCGCGUCUUUUUUCGCCGGCUAUGCAGUUGCUGCAGCUACAGGCGAGAUCUAAAUCUGUGGCCGAGACGCUUAUACGUGGCUAUCUGGAGUCGGUACGCAGGGAAAGCAUGAAUAACGCAGCUCAUACGCAGCAGCAGGGAUCGACAAAUAUUACGCACUCGACUGUGAUGUAUAAUCACGAUCUUGCGGAAAGAGAUGCGCAUAGAAUAGGCAGCCCAUGGCCGCGACAACGCGCACUUGUCAUAGAUGGCAAGACGUUGACCGUGAUCCUUGAUCCGCGAUCGGAUCUCACCGGCCCGUUUCUAGAACUCACGAAAACGUGUUCUAGUGUUUUAGCCUGUCGCACUACGCCAUUGCAAAAGGCAUACAUAGUCCGUAUCGUUAAAAAACAAUUGGGAAUGAGGACGUUAGCGAUCGGCGAUGGUGCAAAUGAUGUUAGUAUGAUACAAACUGCCGACGUGGGCGUAGGUAUCUCAGGUCAGGAAGGCACGCAGGCAGUGAUGGCAGCGGAUUUUGCGAUUUCCCGUUUUCCCAUGCUCAGCCAACUUCUUCUUGUCCACGGACAUUGGUGUUACGAUCGUCUCGCCAGAAUGAUUUUAUACUUCUUUUAUAAGAACGCCACGUUCGUCUUCCUUAUAUUCUGGUUUCAGUUGUACUGUGGCUUCUCCGGUGCCGUAAUGAUGGACCAAAUAUACUUAAUGCUAUAUAACUUACUGUUCACCUCGCUACCGCCUCUCGCUUUGGGCAUUUACGAUCGGGUUGCCACAUCUCAUGUAUUACUCUCAGCGCCAGAUUUAUAUAAAAGAGGACGCUUAGGACUAGUCUAUCAAACGUACUCCUUCUGGAUUACGAUCAUUGAUGCUCUGUAUCAAAGCAUCGUCAUCUUCUUCAUUACAAAAGCUGUUUAUUAUGACUCAACUAUUGACAUAUGGGAAUUUGGUACAACUAUUAUGACGGCGUGUAUCGUCGUUAUGCUGCUUUAUGCUGCCAUAGAAACUAGAUCUUGGACUAUAAUUCAUAUUGGUGCCAUCAUGGGUUCCUUGGGCGUAUUCUUUGGAUUUUGUCUAUUUUAUAAUGCUGUUUGCGUCAAUUGUAUGGGUUUACCCGGAUCCUAUUGGAUAAUGGAAAAGGCUGUUACACGGCAUAUGUACUGGCUUACAGUGAUACUUACAUCAGUCCUUGCUUUGAUGCCUAGAUUAAUAUACAAAGCUGUCGCCGUUAUUGCGCCGGGCACUAUGCAAAUCGUCUCGCUCAACAUCGCUGCAAAGAGCGGCACGCAAGUUCGUCGGCAACGUAUUAGUCAAAGAGGCGAAGUCAACUUUAUUGCUGGAUGGUCACGCUCCUCACAGCACGCUACCAUCAGACCUGGCACGUAUAGCAGCAAAAGCGACGCUCUCACAACCAUCGUCGCGUAACAAUCAUCAAGAUGAAGCGUGUCUAUCUCAUUAACGUUGAAAGUCAGCAAAAAAAAAUGGGAAACAUCUUUAUUGUCGCGAUUCUCUACGAGAUGUUCUACGUCUUCUUUCGCCAAUCUGGAAAAUCUUCUCUGACUUCACUGACGGUUAUUCGCCUUGAUCCUUGACAAUCUUGUUAUAUCCUUCUCGUAGGUCAUUAUAGUUGUAGUUACUAAGUAAAUAUACGCGAAAGGAAAGUUAGCUAACGGUUGAUGUAGUUAGACGUGAAUAAUAUGUCAUGUUUUGUCGACUAUCAAAUCAUAUGAUGCAAAUUAAGAAAUGCGAAAACGUUGAAAAAACACAACGCGCACGUCAUCGUCGUCAUCGUCGUCGUUGUUCUCGUUCUAGAUAUUUCACGAUAACGCUCGUUUGAUUGCCAUACCUUAUACGAGUUCUCGCGGCUGAUGAUUUUAAAUCGAGUGGCCUUAUUAUCUCAGAUCGUUCACUCAUUUAAUGGCUGUGACUUCUAGGGACCAAGACUGUUGAUUGAAUCGCAGGCAAUCGAAGGUUUAUUCGGCGACUUUGAGUGAAAGUCUACGCGCUAUCCUCGACCAUUUUUCUCGACCAGAACUUCAUCCACAACUUUAUUAUUUUUGAAUGAAUCAUAUGAAAGAAACAUAUGAACAUGUAUCGAACAUUCUGUUUAUUUUCAAAAAUAAAUGUACAAAGAUGUUAUAUACAGGGUGUUCAUUUGAAAACUUUCCAGCUAAUUAUCUCGAAAACUAUGAAAGAUAUUAAAAAAGCUAAAACACGUGUUCCAUGAUUUCGAAGGAGAAAGAGAAUAGCAUUAUCAGUUUUUUAUUUAGAGGACAUUUUCAAGAUCAGUUGAAGGUUAACUUAAUUUUUUUAAAUAGAA